UAUUAUAGAUUUAAGUUCAUGACCAAAAAAGCUAUAUUUAUAUAUGUGAUGUCUGCCAGUCUUUCUCUAUGGAAUCAUAAUUAAGUGUGAAUUUAUAGGUAAGCGUAAUAAAGUGUUUUAAGUGUUUCCCAGCUAGAUAUAUUCAGUUGCUGGCCACUGCAAGGCCAUUGGCCCAACAGUCUCCGCUGCUGGCCCUGGGCGUUAAUACCUUUGACCUGCUGAUCCAGCUGGCGAGGGGGGGGCGUACACCCCUCACUACAGCCUGCAGUCACCCGCCUCACUUGUGCCUUCCUGAAGGAGGCAGGGCAGCCACCAAGCCUGUGGUUGGCUCACAGGAAGCCCCCAGAGCAUAAAAGUGACGAUGCAGGGGCAUCAUUGCAGCCCUAGAGAGGAAGAGGAACAUGGCUGAAGACUUGGUUAAAAGAUUAGUCAAAUAUAGGAUUGAAACAGAUCUUUAAAGUGUUCACAGCAAUUCGGCUUUCAUUUGUAAACAAAGAGCAGACAGCUAGGAAGAUGACACCAGCAGCGGCAGGCGGCGACAGGCAGUGUGACACCGUAGCCCUCCGCUCUGCCUGACAUGUGCUGCGUGCCACGCAACCAAACUCAAGUGGAACAUGCACUGUUACAUGUACCAGAUUAUCGGACACGCCUAACAAGUGUGGCGCCAUUCGUAAGGCAACAAAACUGCUUGUCUUGAAAGAAAGUCCAGUGACAGAGACAACCUUGGCCAGUGUUGUGUUCGCUUCCUGACAGGGCGGGGAUUGUGACCAGGAAUUUGUCCAGCUUCCUCUUUGCCUUGGAAAGUGCAUUCCUGGCUGAGUGUGGUGCGUGUGCCUGCUUCUUGUGUGGUGGUGCUGCUGCUGCGUGAAGCCUCUGCCGUGGGAACCCACCACAAAUAGCUAAUGGAUUCUGUAUGACGGGAUCAGCAGCAGACAGAAUUCCAGUGAUGUAUUAACAUGCCUAGGCAGUGCAGUGCAGACUCCAAGGCUCCCCAAGUAUACAGCAUUGUUGUGUGUGUGGAUGGGGUGUGUGUGCCAGACUCCUCACACUCUGUAUUGUAUCGCUGGGCAAGGUCACCUACUAUUGAGACAGUAGCUCUUCUUUGGUCAUUGCCAGGCUCUCUUUUGGAUCUUCAUGGCAGUUUCCACAACAGCAAACACUGCAAGCUUGACCACACUGAUCUUGUCUCCAGUGAAGCUAAGAGUGGGAAUGUUUUUACCAAGGCCUUUGUUGGAGGCGUCCCCUGUGAUAUAGUGGAUGACAACCUGGAGCUCUGUGACACACUGACAAGGGAGAAGGUUACUUGUCGCUCCAAGGCUAAGCUGGUCGGCCCCAUGAAUGUCACUGUCUGCGUUACCGGAAGAGGCGCGUCUGAAGUGACCAAGAUAGGAAGGUACUUGGACUCCCAGGACAGGCUGUACCAGUUCCUCACAUAUGCUGUGAUGUGCUGAGUUGGGCAGGAAUAUGAGAUGUAAGCAUUGGUGACCACUCAUGCUUGCCCACCCCACUGAUUGACAACCUUGGUGAACUUUGGAUUUUUGAAAGUAAGGACUUCCCCACUAUCUUGAUUGUCUGGUGCAGUUUGGCCAGGUGAUCACCAGCAUUGGCAGAAGGUUUAAAAGUAUGGCAAUUAAGCAUAUGAUACAGCAACAUCAGAAAAUGUCUGUUUCAUAUAAUUCCCCACUGGAGCUUCUCUAUUCCACUUGAUUGCCAUUGCUUUAUGUGAAAUUGACUAGGUUUAAAUGUGAUAAAUGCACCUCAAACAUUUCAGAUUUAGACAAACUCGAUAUAUGCAUCAUUAAUGCACUCCCCUUGAAAAAUCUUUGGUGCCUGAAAAAUAUUGCAUUAUAAUUUGAGAGAUGAAGGGCUACAUGUAGUACAAUCAGCAAACAAGUUAUUUUGCAUAUCUACGGACAUAAGUUUUUUUUAUUUACUCAUGAGGACUAUGGUCACAGGUUUCCCUCUCUGUUUAGCAGUCUUAACUCUUUAUGAUGUGUCAC